CACUACAGAUAGGAGCGUCCCUUGCUCCUGCCAGGCUGCCCCUCCAUAGGGGCAGUCCUGUGCUGCUGUGCCUCGGUACCCGCACAAGGUGUCUGGGGACCGCCCGGACCCGCCCUUCCAUCGGCGGCAGCGCCACCUGGCGGCCAUGGUGCGGUGGUGUGGGAGGUGCUUGGCCCGGGCUGGGCACUGAGCCCACCGGAGCUGCAGGCCUUGCACCGAGUUUCCCCGCGAGGGCGGGCGGGAGGAGUCCCAGGCGGGAAUGUGAUCCCGAGGGGGCCGGGGAGGGCCCUGGGGAGGAGCCUGGCCUGGGGAAGCCGGACUUCCGUGACACAACAGACACAAAAGACAAAGUCCAUUUGGAUGGAAGUGGGAGCCGGGCGAGACGGGCCAUUUUCACUCUGUGGUCAAAGGAAAUGACUGGUCUGACUCUGUCUGGGAGCGGGGCACCCAGGGUCUAAGGAUAACUCUGGGGCCAUGACAGCCAUGAGUCUCACAGAGGACCCCGAGACUUCUGUGCUGCGAGUAACCGGACUUGUUCUGAGACCUUUGCCCUAGAGGAUGGCCAAGGGGCUCCUGGUGACCUAUGCCCUCUGGGCUGUGGGGGGCCCUGCUGGGCUCCACCACCUGUACCUGGGAAGGGACAGCCAUGCCCUGCUCUGGAUGCUGACCCUGGGGGGAGGUGGGCUGGGCUGGCUCUGGGAGUUCUGGAAGCUCCCAAGCUUUGUAGCUCAGGCCAACAGAGCCCAGGGACAGAGGCAGAGCCCCAGAGGGGUGACACCCCCUCUGAGUCCCAUUCGCUUUGCUGCCCAGGUGAUAGUUGGCAUCUAUUUUGGCCUUGUGGCACUGAUUAGCCUUUCUUCCAUGGUCAACUUCUAUAUUGUGGCCCUCCCACUGGCAGUUGGCUUAGGGGUCUUGCUGGUGGCUGCUGUUGGCAACCAGACCUCAGACUUUAAGAACACUCUGGGGGCAGCAUUUCUCACUUCACCUAUCUUCUAUGGCCGCCCCAUAGCCAUACUGCCCAUUAGCGUGGCCGCCAGCAUUACAGCUCAGAGACAUCGCCGCUACAAAGCUUUGGUGGCAUCAGAGCCGCUCAGUGUGCGGCUCUACCGUCUGGGCUUGGCUUACCUUGCUUUCACAGGCCCACUGGCAUACAGUGCCCUCUGCAACACAGCUGCCACCCUCAGCUAUGUGGCAGAAACCUUUGGCUCCUUCUUGAAUUGGUUCAGCUUCUUCCCCCUUCUUGGCCGCCUCAUGGAGUUUGUCCUCCUUCUGCCUUACCGGAUCUGGAGGCUACUGAUGGGGGAGACUGGCUUCAACAGCAGCUGCUUCCAGGAGUGGGCGAAGCUCUAUGAGUUUGUUCACAGUUUUCAGGAUGAGAAGCGUCAGCUGGCUUACCAGGUUUUGGGCCUCUCAGAAGGGGCGACAAAUGAAGAAAUAAAUCGGAGUUACCGGGAGCUAGUGAAGGUCUGGCACCCAGACCACAACCUGGACCAGACAGAGGAGGCACAGAGGCACUUCCUGGAGAUCCAGGCUGCGUAUGAAGUCCUGAGUCAACCCAGGAAGCCCUGGGGAUCCCGGAGGUGAAAAGAAACUUCCCCCUGGGGACUGACUCUUCCUAGCAGAGCUGGGCAACUUGUCCCAAAUCUAGCUUUGCCCACGAAUGGCAUCCCAACAGAGUUAAAGAAACUGCUUGCAGGGGCCGGGCGUGGUGGCUCAUGCCUGUAAUCCCAGCACUUUGGGAGGCCGAGGCGGGCAGAUCACGAGGUCAGGAGUUCGAGACCAGCAGCCUGGCCAAUAUAGUGAAACUUCGUCUCUACUAAAAAUACAAAAAAUUAGCCAGGAGUGGUGGCAGGCACCUGUAGUCCCAGCUACUUGGGAGGCUGAGGCAGGAGAAUCACCUGAACCUGAGAGGCGGAGGUUGCAGUGAGCGGAGAUCACACCACUGCACUCCAGCCUGGGCAACAGGAGUGAAACUCCAUCUCAAAAAAAAAAAAAAAAAAAAAAAAAAAAAGAAAAGAAACUGCUUGCAGGGGACAUGAGAAAACAAUGGGGUGAGAAAAGGUUGUGGUAGAAGGAUGUGUUUGUAUUCUGAAUUUCUGAAUUCUUGCCUAUUGCAUUCUUGACAAUUUUUCUUAAAACCAGAGAGUGAAAGGCAUAUUAUAAAACAAUCAAAUAUCUUUUAGAGUAUGGACAACUAUUAUAUAUCAAAAAAAAUUAAUUAGAAAAAAUAUAUCUUUUAGAGAACACACCACCUUAUCCUACCCAUGAUAUAUUGAUGUGUGAUGGAGAAAGACUAUUUAACUGUUUUUUUAAAUGUGUAAAGCAGCAGGGCAUAGUGGCUUACGCCUGUAAUCCCAACACUUUGGGAAGCUGAGGUGGGAGGAUCACCUGAGGUCAGGAGUUCAAGACCAGCCUGGCCAACCAACAUGGUGAAACCCCAUUUCUACUAAAAAUACAAAACUUAGCCAGCCAUGGUGGCACAUGCCUGUAGCCCCAGCUAGUCGGGAGGCUGAGGCAGGAAAAUCACUUGAGCCUGGGAGGUGGAGGUUGCAGUCAGCUGAGAUUGAGCCACUGCACUCUACUCCAGCCUGGGCGGCAGAGCUAGAUUCUGUCUCAAAAAUUAAAUAAAUAAAUAAAUAAAUAAAUAAAUAAAUAAAUAAAUGUGUAAAGCACUAUGUUAGGAGAUUGAAGGAAAAAUAUGAAGGUUCUAGUAUUCACAAGCUGUCCUGUGAUAAGAGAGAUUUGAUCUUUUCUGUAGAUGGGGUGAGACUAGGAUUAAAUUUCAAAAUUUGAGAAAAAUAUUUUCAUUCCAUUUAUGGGAGAACUUUCUAGCAGCUACACUUUCUCCAAAAGGGAACAAGCUACUGUGGAGUGGGGGGUAGUUCUUCCUCCUCUGCUUAGAGGAGAAUUUUUGGAGAGCUCUCAGACUUUACAUAGGUGGUUGGACUGGCUGACUUCUCAGGUCUUCCCAGUAUUUGAGGUCUGAUUCUGGGCUACAUACCCUACUCCUAGAAGCAUACAAUCUGAUGGGAGAUAAUGACACAGGUAAACAGAUAUCAAAGCCCUUGUUCAGUGUUUUGAACUAAAUGUCAUAAGAGCUGUAAAUAGUGUAUUGGGACAUUGGAGGAGGGACAGAUAACAUUGUUUUAUGGGGACUCAGAAAGAUUCAUGAUUUUAUAUGUCAUAUGUCCCUUUGGGGACUUUGGGGAACCCUAGGGAACCAGCGGCUAGAGCAUCUCAAGGGGACCUUAUUCAAUUCUAGGUAACUAGCCAGGUGUGAAAGAAAGGGCCCAGGGUGUCUCACUUUGCAGAGGAAGAUUGGAGACCAGGAACAUGAUUUUAAAUUAUGUGCCUUUACUGCAGCUUUCUUGCUCUCUUUGUGUGUGUGCAUUCUUUCCAUUUUUUUCUUCUUUCUGGAUGUUAAAUCUGAGUAAUAUAUAUCAUUUUUAAAGUGGAAUUAUGACCAGGCAUGGUGCCUCUUGCCUAUAAUCCUAGCACUUUGGCAAGCCAAGGCAGGAAGAUUGCUUGAGCCCAGGAGUUCAAGACCAGCCUGGGCAACAUGGCAAAACUCCAUCUCUACAAAAAGUACAAAAAUGAGCCAGGUGUUGUGGGGUGCGCCUGUAGUCCCAGCUAAGGAGGCUGAGAUUGGGAAGAUCACUUGAACCCAAAAGGUGGAGGCUGCAGUGAGCUGAGAUCGUACCACUACACUCCAGCCUGAGUGACACGGUGACAGCCUGUCUCAAAAAUAUAAAAAUAAAUAAAUAAAUAAAGUGGAAUUAUGUUGACGACUAUUCUCUCUAUUCUCUCUCUCUCUCUUUUUUUUUUUUUUUUUUGGAGAUGGAGUCUUGCUCUGUCACCCAGGCUGGAUCUUGGCUCACUGCAACCUCUGCCUCCUGGGUUCAAGCAAUUCUCCUGCCUUAGCCUCUUGAGUAGCUGGGAUUACAGGCACCUGCCACCACGCCCGGCUAAUUUUUGUAUUUUUAGCAGAGAUGGGGUUUCACCAUGUUGGCCAGGAUGGUCUCGAUCUCUUGACCUUAUGAUCUGCCCGCCUUGGCCUCCCAAAGUGCUGGAAUUACAGGCAUGAGCCACCACACCUGGCCACUGUUCUCAAAUUGUAUUAUGGAGUUUUUUUGUUUUUUUUUUUUUUUACAAAAUAUGGAUAUAUUUUAAUUUACUCAAAUGGGAACUACUGAUAAGCAGUUCUUAUUUUUCCAGCAUAAGCAAGGCUACAAUAAAUAUCUUUGAAUAUAUGUACUGAUGCUUUUUGUUUUUUGUUGAAGCUAUAUCCCAAUAAGUGAUAAAUAGGGUCGAAGAGAGAACAUGUUUUUUACAAUUUUGAUUGAUAUCAUAUUGGGCCACACAUGGUGGCUCAGGCCUGGCAUCCCAGCACUUUGGGAGGUUGAGGUGGGAGGAUAGCUUGAGCUCAGGAGUUCAAGACCAGCUUGAGCAACCUAGUGAGACCUCAUCUCUACUAAAAAAACAAAACAAACAAACACAAAAUUAGCUAGGUGUGGUGGCAUGUGCCAGUAGUCCCAGCUAGUUGGGAGGCUGAGGUGGAAAGAUUGCUUGAUCCUGGGAGGUUGAGGCUACAGUGAGCUGUGAUGGUAUCACUGCACUCCAUCCUGGGCAACACAGCAAGACCCUGCCUCAAACAAAUGUAUUUGGUUGAUAUUGUAUCAGAUUUCUUCUGAAAAACGUUUUAACGGUUUAGACUUUCACCAAGUGCAAGAAACUGGCAUUUUCUUUGUAACUGGCCUGGAAUGUUACCACUCUUUUAAACUUUUGUCGAGAUGAUCGUGAGAAAUAGUAUCUAAUUACUUUAAUUUGCAUUUCCCUGACGCCUAAUGAAGUUCAGCAUCUCUUCAAAUCUUUAUUGGGCAUUUGGAUUUUCUCUUCAGUGAAUUGCUUCAUCAUAUUCUCUAUUUAUUCUAAAGUUGUGUUCCUAUUUGUCGCUCUCAAAUCUAGUUUGGUGGAAUCCUUGCAUGUUAGAAACCUUAACCCUCGUAAUAUGUGUUGUAGAUAUUUUUCCCUCGCCUAUGAGUUGUCUUUCAUCCUUGAGCAUGAGUUUUAGAGCCAGAAGAACAACAGCAGGAUUUGAAUCAGGUUACAUUAUUUUCUAGUUGUCAUAUUUUUUAUUUCUUCAGCCUCUUAGAAUCUUAGUUUCCUUUAAAAUUGAGAUAAUAGUAUCUACUUUAUUCAAAAAAAUUUUUUGGCUGGGCGCGGUGGCUCACGCUUGUAAUCCCAGCAUUUUGGGAGGCCAAGGCAGGCGGAUCACCUGAGGUCAGGAGUUUGAGACCAGCUUGGCCAACAUGGUGAAAACCCAUCUCUACUAAAAAUACAAAAAUUAGCCAGGUACAGCGGGGCAUGCCUGUAAUCCCAAGUACUCAGGAGGCUGAGGCAGGAGAAUCACUUGAACCCGGGAGGCAGAGAUGAGGUAGUGAGCUGAGAUCGCACCACUGCACUCCAGCCUGAGUGGUAGGGCGAGACUCUGUCUCAAAAAAAAAAAUUGUUUUUUCAUUUAUUUAUUUAUUGAGACAGGGUCUUGCUCUGUUGCCCAGGCUGGAGUUUAGUGGGGUGAUCACAGCUCACUGUAGCCUGGAACUCCUGGGCCCAAGUGAUCCUCCUGCCUCAACCUCCCAAGUAGCUGG